CUAUGCAGUAUAUAUUAUACAUAAUAACUUCAAUUCAAUAAUAUGAGUUUAUUAUAAUAUUCAAAAUAUUUUCAAAAUAAUAUUUAGCAUUUGUAAUUUGAGUAUUUGGGCAUGCCGACUACAUUGGGUAGAUUUUCUUUAUUAAAUUUAUUUCACAGAAGUCCUUUAGUUGGCAAUUUGUCGAUACUUUCAAAUUUGAAUUAUUGCACAAAACAAAACCAUACCGAGCAAGGGUUUGAAGAUGUGGGACAGAAACUCUUGCGAGUUGCAGUUAUCGGAGUACCCAAUGCAGGAAAAUCAACUUUUAUAAAUAAUCUUAUUAAUCAUAGGGUUUGUCCAACUUCGAAUAAAGUUCAUACAACACGUCGCUCAAAUAGAGCGGUUUACACAGAGAAAGAUACACAGAUUGUUUUAAUCGAUACACCAGGUUUAGUUACAAAAACUGAAAUGCAAAAAUACAAUUUAGGGAAGAAAUUUAGUAGCUCAUAUAGAGAUUCUAUUCAAAAAUCUGAUAUAAUCGCAGUAGUGCAUGAUGUCUCUAAUAGUUGGACAAGAAAUGAAUUUCAUCCAACAGUUUUAGAGACUUUAAAUUUUUAUUCAAAAAUGCCUUCGUUUUUAAUUUUGAACAAAAUAGAUUUGUUAAAAUCAAAAAGAGUCUUAUUAGAUUUAAUUAAAAUUUUGACGAAUAAUACUUUGUCAAAAAGCAAAAAACCUAUAUAUAAAAAAAGUUUAUCUUAUGAUAUGGAUAAAAGUAAAGAAGUUGGAUGGAGCAGUUUUUCAAAUAUUUUUUUAGUAUCAGCUGUAACAGGAGAUGGUUUGAGUGAAGUUAUGAAAUGGUUAUUACAUGAAGCAAAAAACGAGAAAUGGUUGUUUCCAGCUGGAACUUUUACUGAUGAAACACAAGAAGAUAUUAUUGUUGAAAGCGUAAGAGCGCGAUUGUUAGAUUACUUACCACAGGAAAUUCCAUACAAAUUGCAAACAACAUUGGAAUAUUUUAACGAAGAAAAAAAUAUUAUUUAUGCAUCUGUGCAAGUUGCUUGCCCUAAUUUAAGGCUGGAGCGCCUUUUUCGUGGAGAAUCUAAUGGAAAGUUAAAGCAAAUUACGGAAAGAAUCACUUCUGACUUGGUUGAAACUUUUAAUAAACCAAUUUCCUUAACAAUAACAACUACAAUAAGUAAAUCCGAAAAGAUUUUAGUUAAUUAAACUUUGAAUGUUAUUUUUAAAUGCUAAAUAAAAAUCAAAUAUUUCAAUAA